AUGUCUGCUCCCCGGCGCACCUACCAGCUUAUCUCAUGGCCCAGGAAGCACUUCAUCCGUUUCAAGCUCGGAGACAGCAUAGCCCAGGAAUACCAGAUGGAAGGAUACUGGGUGACCAGGUGGUGGACGAAACUCCAACGGAGAGACUCGGUCUCCUACGAGCCCGACGACGGACCCUGCCUUUUGUUGCAGAAAGGCGACUUUGUGCUCGUGCACAUGGACGAAGAAUGGCCCCAGAAACCGCCUUGCCAGCUGCUGCAUGACUGCUGGGUGGGCAGAAUCCUGGAAUUCGCCAUCACUCGCGCGGGUGCUGUUUUGUGUGCCCUGCAAUGGUACCAGCGUCCCGAGGACACGCAACCUGGCCGCCAGAGUGGACAGCACGAGCGCGAAAUCCUCGCGAGCAACGACCUGGACAUUGUUCCCAUUGAAACAAUUGGCUCCAAAGUCGAGGCCUUCUCCAUCGACGACAAGGACAGCGCAGCACCCGACGUUCUCCUGAUCUCGCACACGCGCUACCACUGCGAGAAAUGCAGCUUUCUGGGACCGGAAAAGACAGAACCGCCACAAGACGGGGAGGAGCUCAGUAAAGCGGCGGAUACCGGCGACAGAGCAGCUGAGGGUCGCAGCAAACGGCAGCGAGAGGCGGAGUCCCAGUCCACCGCCACCUUGGCUGGUGAAAUCAACCAGGCCAACUUUCCAUUGCCCGAACGCCGCUCAGAAACCCCCGAACGUGACUUACCGCCUCACAGCCCAUAUCCCAUGCGCAAGGACGUGUUGAAGUAUCUAGAGAGCAGCGCCGAGGAUGCUGUGCGGAGGAGCAUCCUGGACGAUAGAAGGGCACCACAUGUCCUAAAUCUUGGCAUCAUGCAAGGGCGCGCCCUCGAGAAAGCAAUAACGUGCCUGCUGCAGCGGAUCCCGCUUGAAAGGCUGCGCGAACCGGGUUAUUUGGGGACAUAUGCGGGCAGUGUGGUGGAGACCGUCAUCCAGCAUUUCGAGACGUGCCUCUGGAACCGCUCGGAUGCGCUGGUCUCGCUCGACGGCCGGGUGCACGUCAGCCUGGAGUGGAAUCUGAUGACAUCUCAGGUGCGGGAGCAGAUCGAAGAUCUCCCGCCGCAUGCGAGGAUGCAAGCAUUUGCAGACCUCCUGGCACUUGCAACGGACCAGGAGUGGGAUGAGUUGGAGCCGGAGCUGGCAAAGGCAGCGGGGCCAGGCGGGGAAUGGCGUGGCACCGACGACCGCAAGCGCAUGUUAUGUGGUGACAAGACUGUCGUCCACGAGCCCUCACAGUCUCCUACUUUAACCUGA